AUGUUGAUUCCCAAGGGUGGAGUCAACUGGAAGUCCGCCAGGGCCCGGUUACCGCCGUGGCGAGCGGUUCUGGUUCUCCUGACGCGGACUCGCUUCUUGGUCUCCGUGGCCGUGACGGGCCUGAUUAUUCUGUUAUGGCGCGGCGUCAGCAGCUCCGCAUCGGAGAUGCAAAAUUUCUACUGCUACGGCUCUGCCAAAUCCCCCAUGGAGAUGAGCCUGAACGAGAUGAAUGAGUGGAAUGCUCACUCCCAGACCCCCGUCCUCUUCAACCAUCACGAACCCUACGAAGUCAACAGCACCUCCAUCACCGAAGUCGAUCUGAACCCCAUCCGGUCCUCCACCCAGGCCGUUUCCAACCGCGAACGUGUCCUGAUCCUGACCCCCCUGCGCGACGCCGCUCCCUACCUCGAGAAAUACUUCGACCUCCUGUAUAAACUGACCUACCCGCACGAGCUGAUCGAUUUGGCCUUCCUGGUGGGCGAUUCCAAGGAUGACACUUUGGCCAAUCUGGCUUCGGAACUUGAUCGUAUCCAGAACCACGCCGAUGAAAAAAUCCGAUUCCGCAGCGCGACCGUUGUCAAGAAGGAUUUCGGCGCUGACACCCCCAUGACUGUCGAAGAGCGACACUCAUUUGCUGCUCAGGGUCCUCGUCGCAAGGCUAUCGGUCGUGCCCGCAACUACCUCCUGUACUCAGCUCUGAAGCCCGACCACUCCUGGGUGUACUGGCGUGAUGUGGACAUCACUGAUUGUCCGGAGCGCAUCUUGGAAGACUUCAUGGCCCACGAUAAGGAUAUCCUCGUGCCGAACAUUUGGUUCCACCGCUACCGGGAUGGCCGUGACAUUGAGGGUCGCUUCGACUACAAUUCCUGGAUCGAAUCUGACAAGGGCCGCCGGCUCCGCGAAACCCUCGAACCAGAUGUCGUUUUGGCUGAGGGCUACAAGGAGUACGAUACUGGUCGCACAUACCUGGUCAGCAUGGGUGACUGGAGAAAGAACAAGGAUGAGGAGGUCGAGCUUGACGGUAUUGGAGGCGUCAAUAUCCUCGUCAAGGCCGAUGUUCACCGCACUGGCGUCAACUUCCCGGCUUAUGCUUUCGAGAACCAAGCCGAGACCGAAGGCUUUGCUCGCAUGGCCAAGCGAGCGGGCUAUCAGGUUGUGGGACUGCCCAACUAUGUGGUCUGGCACAUCGACACGGACGAGAAGCCCGGCAAUCUCGGAGACCGCAAGGCAUAUUAA